AUGGCGAGACAUCUUGCCAGGACGGCCUGCCUGAACCGCUCAGCGCACGGAGUACUCCGUACUUUGUCUGUACCUGCAGGAGUGGGCCUGGCACAGCCGCUGCAGCAGUGCGGCUCGUCAGAACCGCCGGUUCCAUGCGCCUCUGGGUGUUGCCACGGUGGCCACGGUGGCCAUGAUGGCCCGUUUGGCCGCCCGGUUGACCGGCCGGUCGAUCCGAGCAUGGACACGCCAGACAAGGCCAUUUGCCGCAGGCAAGAGACCAUCUCGGCCGUGCCGACAUCACUCCAACAUGCCGGGUUUUGCUCUACUCAGCAGCUAGCAUACGGAGCACGGGUGUGCCUUGGCUAG